AUGUCAGACACAGAACCCGAGACCCCUAAUACCGGUUCAACGGCGAAGAAAUCAAAGCGGCGGAGGAGGAAAGAUUACAUGGUGGACGAGGAAGGGCAAGUGGAGUCGCGACAGAAGCUGGCAAAAAGAAUCUUGUUGUCUCUUACGAGGCCUUCCUAUGUCAUGGGAUUGGGUCCCAAACCUCUGAGGGUGGAACACCGUACUAGGUUACGCUAUUUGCUGCGGAGACUCGUCAACCAGCAUCACUGGGUCGCAGCCAGUGGCGUUCUCAGUGCCUACUUGAAGGGCACACUUAAUGACACAUCUCCUCUCAGAAACCGUCUUAGGUUUUGGGUUUUGAUGGAGCUUCUUAAGUAUAUGAAAAACAAUUCUAUUAAUUCCACUAAAAUCAAGAACCUUUAUGAUAUCUGGUCGAAGAAAAUUGGAUCAAUGAAAACUUGGCCUUUACAGCUUGUUCUGAAGCCCCUAAAGUUUUUCUGCAGAAUUCUCCUGUUCAAUGUUGAAGCUGCAUUUUUGAAGUUAUCUAGAGAUGUGCUAGGUUUAAGAAAACGUUUGAUAAUUUUGCUUAUGGAGCAGAGCAGAUAUGCAGUCCAUUUCGAGUUCAUGUUGUUCUGUCUUAUGCAAGGCAAUGCGGGGGAUGCAUACCAGCUUGCUUUAUGCCUUGAGCAAGAGAGAGUUGAUAUUGAUCCUGUGUCGAAGAUGAUGAUGGGUUUGACAUUCUAUGAGCUGUGGUAUUCUUCUAUCCCCAAAGAAUUCCAGUGGAGAAACUCAGAUCAGGUUGACAUGCGAAAGAACUCACAAAUGGAGGAAACCUCAUUUAUGAAUGAAACUGAACAGUCAGAGUGGUAUCAUUCAGUUGAAUCCCACAUGGCUGACUCCCAAUGUCAACGUGAUUCAGAUGCCUCUAUCAUGAAUGAUAAGCAUAUAUCCAAGGAUGUUGUGUUCAGUGAAGACAUGGAGGUUGGUACUAUUAAAAGAGAAAAACCACAUCAGAACUUUCAGCCAGAAGGUUUUUACUUAAAUUCUGAAGAGCAAAAAGGAUUUGAAGACCCUUUUUCUAUUAGUGGAGGUCUUACAGAGGAUAUCUUACAUGGUCUUGUUCAGAUGGGCUCCCACAUAGGAAUAUCUGACACUAGAGGCCUCUAUCAGAUAAAUCAUUUUACAAGACAGAGAGCUUACUCUUUCUCUAGUUAUGAUGUAGCAGAGAGGGGGAUAGUGGCGGCGACGGUGGACUCGUCGCGGACAGCAUGUUCCCUUUUCUGGAUGCACAUGCGCCUGUUGCUGAUUGGAGGACAAGUUGACGAGACUCUAAAUAUGCUUGAGAAGCAAUGCCGUAAUACAGCCUCGGUACUCCCAUUAAGAGUGAGGGCUGCUCUCUUGGAGCGUUUUGAUCGAAACAACUCUGUCAUGCUUCUCAGCUGUUUUGAGAAUAUAUUGAAGAAAGAUCCAACAUGUAGUGAUGCCUUAGCUAAACUCAUCAAGAUGCACCAAAAUGGAUACUAUAGUCUUGAGUCUCUGCUGGAAAUGAUUGCUUUACAUUUAGAUGUUACAGAUGCAGAACACAAUUUGUGGAAGGUGUUCUCUUCAUGUUUCUUGAGACUGUCUACCUACGAAGAAGACUGUAUGUCUUCAUGCCCCAUUCAAGCUGAAGAUGGACACAAGCAACUUUGUUCCUUCAGCAAAAUCCCUAAAAUAUUUACGGAUGGUAUAUCAGGAAAAUCUUGGAAGCUUCGCUGUAGGUGGUGGCUAACAAGACAUUUCAGCAAUAGCAAGUUAGAAUUAGAGAUUGAAUCAGGUGAUUUGCAGUUACUCACAUACAAAGCAGCAUGUGCAUCGUAUAUGUAUGGACGUGACUUCAGCUAUGUUGAGAAGGCUUAUUCUCAUUUAGAAAAAGAAAAUGAUGAGGAGUUGUUGUUGUUCUUGAAUGAGCACAGCAGGGCAAAUUCAUUAGGAAUUUAUAAAAAAAUUUAG